AUGGGGUCACGACAUGAUGGAGAAACUGCGCAAGAGAAGGAGACCCGUCGAUUACGAUUACUGAAGGAAGGAGAGUGGGCCUGCACGGACCCUAAAUGUGCUCAUGUGAAUUACGAGUUUAAAAAUUCCUGUGAUGCUUGCGGAAAACAAAAGCCUCGGUCAAAGAAUCGAGUCGGAAAGGAGAUCGGCAAGGAAUUGGCUGACAAAUCCAAAGGUUUGUUUGCUGCGGAGGAUUGGGUGUGUUCUAAAUGUGGCAACGUCAACUGGGCAAGGCGAAAAACUUGUAACGUUUGUAAUGCCCCCAAAUUGGCAGAUCUUGAAAAAAGGACAGGCUACGGUGGCGGGUUCAAUGAUCGGCAAGAUAUUGAGUAUAUCAGACGAGAUACUGAAGAUGAGUUCGACGAAUUUGGUAGGAAAAGGAAGAAGAAGGACAAUGAUCAGCAGAGCGCCGCACCUGUUGAGCAGAUAAACGAGCCAAAAGUCAUAGACGAAACAGUGGACGAUGAAGAUGAGGAAGAGGAAGAGGGCGAGAUCGAUAAAUACAAACUGGGAAGCGAUGCAGAGGAAGAGGUGGGUUGGAGGUAA